UAUCGCUGCUCCGCUCCGGCCCUUCCCUUCCUUCCUCUACCUGCCCCCAGCGAGUGAAUUCCGGAAUCCCCCCAAUCAAUCCGACGCCACACACACGACACGAGAGAGAGGCGACGCGGCGGCCUCCCCCAAUUCCCAAUUCCCCUCCGCAGGGACUCGGCCGGCCGGGACCCCGAUUCGAUUUCGAGCCCCCGUCGGAUUCGCCCCCAGCUCCUCCUCCUCCGCCGCCGCCUCGAUUUUCGAGCCGCGGGAGUCGCACCUGCCGAUCGGCCGGUAGGCAGGGCAGCAGGGGGAGGGGAGAAAAAAAAAAGGAGGAUGAGCUUCCAGGACCUGGAGGCGGGCAACGUCCGCGGGGCGCCGCUGGGCGGCGGGCGGCGGAACGGCCGUGGGGGCCCCGCGGCGGCGGGCGGCGCCGGCGCGUCGCAGGCCGUCGCGUCGGGGGUCUUCCAGAUCAACACCGCCGUCGCCACGUUCCAGCGCCUCGUCAACACGCUCGGCACGCCCAAGGACACCCCCGACCUCCGCGACAGGAUACAUAAGACACGGCAACACAUAACACAACUAGUGAAGGAUACAUCGGACAAGCUUAAACAAGCUAGUGAGGCGGAUCAUCGUGUUGAAGUCAGCGCUACCAAGAAGAUCGCUGAUGCAAAGCUAGCUAAGGAUUUCCAAGCAGUCCUAAAAGAAUUCCAGAAAGCUCAACGGUUAGCAGUAGAGAGAGAAGCUGCAUAUGCACCUUUCAUUUCUCAAGCGGGCCUGCCACAGAGCUACAACUCAAGCGAGGUGAAUAAUGGCGCUGAUAAAUUGGCUGAACAGCGCACGCAGCUUCUAGAAUCUAGAAGGCAAGAGCUUGUCUUCUUGGAUAAUGAAAUUGUGUUCAAUGAGGCCAUCAUCGAGGAGAGGGAUCAGGGAAUACAAGAGAUUCAGCACCAAAUUACUGAAGUAAACGAAAUCUUCAAAGAUCUUGCUGUGCUAGUCCAUGAUCAAGGAGCAAUGAUUGAUGAUAUUGACUCACACAUAGAGAAUGCUGUUGUAUCAACUUCGCAGGCAAAAGGCCAGCUUUCGAAAGCUGCUAAAACUCAGAAGUCGAACUCUUCACUGAUAUGCUUGUUGCUGGUUAUUUUCGGAGUUGUCCUGCUCAUAGUGAUAAUAGUCCUUGCAGCCUAAAAAAGCUUGGAAGGCGCUUGAGGCUCCGAAAUCUGGUCAAGCUUAGCGCGAAGGAUUCCUUCAUAAAUUAUUUUUGCUGUGCAGUCAGGAAUGUAUCCUGGUUCCCGCCUGGAGGGUGGGUGGGGGGUUGGCGUUCUGGUCGUGGCGUGGUGGUGUACGGGGUGGUGAUGUGACUGGAAUGCAUCGGUUUAUAUAAGCAUAAUUUCCUGUCAGUGUAGUGCCUCUUGUCUCACAUGCUCGCUUUGUUUAUAUAUAUGUAAUGUAUCGACGAGUGCGUGCUGUAGAACAAGGAGGUUUGGAUUAUCUGUGGUAUGAAAUUUCUUGAUUCCGUGAGAAAUCAUUUGCAAUGUAUCAACUUGGUUUUCCUUUUCUUCUCA